UUAUGGCUGAUGCUUACAUCUCACUCUACAUCACCGUGAGAAGUUUCAUCAGGCACACGCUGUUCAUCUUCCUCUAUUUGCUGUCCUUCGCCGUGCCUCAAUGGAUGCUGUUGUCGAUAUGCACGACUGUAGACCACAUACUCUACACUCUGAUCUGUUUUUCUGGCUCGUUUGUGCUGUUGACCCUCAUCCAUUUGGUGGAAUCUGUCAAGUACAAUUGGCCCUGGAACUGGUUGGCCAUUGGCAGUUGCUAUGAGCUGAUGACCCUCGGCGUAGGUGCUUUUGUGAUGAACAGCAAACCGAAUACCGUCAUGAUGGCUGUGGCGAUGGCAUUGUUAAUCUUUGGACUCGUCUUGGUGCUGUGUUUCUUCAUCAUUAGCGGCUACAACUAUCCCAAUCCCUACAAGCUGGCAUCCUUGGCUGCUCUGGGUCUCAUACUGGUCAUUUGUGCCAUGAUUCUGGGCACUUAUCGUGGUCGGCAUUGGAUGGAUGUGGCUUUGUUACUCUUCAUGCUGAGCGUGUUGCUGCUCAUGAUAUCCUAUGUGCUAAUCUCAUUUAAGAAUCUGGAUGUGCUGAUCAAGCCAGAUACUUUGCUGCUGGGAUUUGUGCUCUACAUCAACUAUGUGCUCGUCUUGGUGGCCAGCUUCAUUUGUAUCCAGCGCUGCGACUUCAAUUUUGAUGCCACCAAUGUCGUCCAAAAGGCCUCACCUUAUGGCUGACUGGCUGAUGCGUGUUGGCAUGCAAGGUUGCGUCUCAAUAACUCAUCGAAGGUGGCCCACAGAUUGACUUUCAAUAUAGCCAUAUUCACACUCAUAACAUAUAUGCUGCCUCACAUGCUGCAUGCUGCAGCCUCAAUCACGUCGCAUUCUCAGCGGGUUCUGUAUCCGUUGCCGCUGAAUCAUUGCGUACGUGACGCUUCGCUUCGAUCUCAAUAUGAAUUCUUUUAAAUAUUAUUGACUAUCCGUAUUUGUCAGCGAAAAGAUUAAAGUGCUAUCGCUUAUAAUUUAUUACAAUUUGUUUUUGUCUAAAAUUGAAAUUUAUGAUC